UACGUCACCACGAACUUUGACCUAUUCAUGCUCAAAAGAGAGGCCGCCAUUUCAGUGCGUAUUUUGAGACUUGUGUGUUGUAUGCCUAAUGGCAAGCCGAGAAACAUUUUACGAGACAGGACAACGUUUCAUCGUCUGAAUUCGACAAAACUAAUACAAUUUAUAUUAGAGAUGUUCUAAUGCGAUGAGCUUAGACCCUUCUACAUUAUCCAGUAAACAUAGCAACAUAAUACACAGUUAUUCUGCUCUACCAUCUCUGUGUAAAGUUGUCGAAGAUACACUUCAGCAUAAGUCGGAUAGUUAUUUGAAUCUUGAACUGACCAACAAGUUCAAGGAGAAAAAAAGGAGAAGAAAAACCCACUUGUGGCUUCAUAGACCUAAACAAAGGAAUCCAAGACCAGAGGACAUGUCCAUGAAUGGUUUCAGCACAGAAGAGGACAGUCGUGGGGGACAUGACCAGAUCUGCUGUCUAUUUGACGCAGGAGAGAGGUGUACUAACCAGGCUGGCAAUGCAAGCUACAGUAAACGCAUUCAAAAAACUGUACAGCAGCGCAAACUAAAACUGGUUAGGGAUGAUAGUGUGGCCCACAUUUAUAUCUGUGACUACCAUAAGAAUGUGAUACAGAGUGUGAGGGCAAAGAGGAAGAGAAAGGACAGUGAAGAUGGUAAUGGCUCGCCCAACGUUGAGGAGGAUCUACCAGAGAUUGACUUUUUCCAAAUGCCUGUGAACACACUGAGGCGAUACAAGCGCCAUUACAAGCUGAUGACAAGACCUGGCAUGAACAACAAGGCACAGCUGGCAGAUACCGUAGCUCGACACUUCAAGACUAUAACGGUGAAUGAGAAGGAAGCACUGACCUACUUCAUUUAUAUGGCCAAGAACUAUAAGAGCCGAUUUGACCAGAAACAUUUGGAUAAUGUGAAUAGCACAUAGAAUGGGAGGAUUUGAGAAUGUGUGCGAUUGUUAAAGAUGAUAACCAAUUUAAAUGAAUCCAUUUGUUGUUGUUUUUUAAAAAUGAAAUAAGAAAAAAAAGCAAAUUUAUUUAUAGCAUUAAAAUUUGAUUUUGAUAUACAUGGAAUUAAAUAUUAUUGCUGGUAAAUGUGUUUUUUUUUAUUUAAUAUUACUAUUAAAGUAAGCGAAUGUCUAAUUUAUGAUGGACAAAUUUUGUUCAUAGAAAAUAAGUCAGAUGUCUGUCUAUGUCUAUUUAUACCGAUGCACUGGAUGAACUGUCAAAGGGGAUCAAAAGUUUCUAUUUUCAACCUUAUAAGUAAUUUUUCAUCUCUUUUGUUUAUUGAUUUAUGUACAUUGUCAUUGAAUUGAUAUGUAAAACAUACUAUUGAAGACACCACUAGGUAUUGUAGAGAUGGAAUUUAUCAUUUUCUGGGUUAUUAUAAAUUCCCUAUAAAAUCAACAUGUAAAUUUGCACUAAAAAAAAUGACAUUGAAAUAUAUGCAACUUAUUCACCCCUGAAAUUUC